AUGGGAACAAACAACUCUCUGCAUUUCACAGUCAAGCGGUUGCAAACCUCGAAACUAAAUACUUACUCGUUUGGCUUCCAGGGCAGGAGGCUUUCAUCAGACUCGCUGCUUCAGACUAGCGUGCCUGUAGCGAUGCCAUGGAAUCCAAACGCUCAAGUUUUCCGUCCUCCUCAGUUCAACACAGCAUCAAAGGUAGCAGUUCCCAGAGCAGCAGCCGUUCAGUGGCCACAGAACUUCAGGACGUAUCCAGGUCAAAAACUGCAGGAUGCUGCACCUGCAGCUGACGCGGCAGCCGCGCCUGCUGCUGAUGCUGCUGCAGCACCGGCUGCUGAUGCUGCUGCUGCACCGGCAGCUGACGCAGCGGCCGCACCCGAAGCGGCCGCACCCGUCGCCGAGGCACCGGCAGCAGCGGCGCCUGUCGCUGCUCCCCAACCCGUCGCUGCGGCAGGGUACUUCUUGUCCAUGCUGUCUGACUGCAGCGCCAGUUCUGACACAGUGUAUCUAGGAGGAUACAUGCCCCAGGGAUACCCUCCUCAGGGCUAUGCGCCACAGGGAUACGGAUAUCAGGCACAGCCCAUGUAUGGAUCAGCAGCAUCCGGAUGCUUCGCUGCGCAACAGUGCACUGGCACGUACAACGAGGACAGACUGAGCGCAGAGGGGGUCUCCGACCAACUGCAGAGCAUUCAGGCUCAGUGCUCCGCCCUCACCAAGAUGGUCAAGUGCAUGUGCGAGAGCUGCGAGACUACUGCUGAGACCGAUCCUUCCUUCGUCGCCCUGCAUGACGAGUCUUGCUCCCCUGCCAAGAUCGCCGAGUACCACCUUGCCGGAGGAGCCUGCGUUGGGUUUGCCUCUGGAUACUGCGGCCUGAAGCUCGACCAGACCUUCUGCGAGAACUUCGCGGUUCCUCCUGUUCUUGGGUCUGCCAACUGGUUGAAGAACCAUGCUGUCGUCGAUCCUGGUGCUUCUGCUGCUACCGCGGGAGAGAACCUCUUCAAGAACCAGGCACACCUGCAGAUGCCUCAGUACGCACAGGAGGUCGCCGACUCCAUGAGCAAGUACUUCACAGCUGGAGCAGCCAACGAGGCAGCCAAGGCUCGUCUCACCAACGCCAUGAUCUCCCAGAUCGAAGAGCUUCGCCCUGCAGGCUCAUCUGGCUCAGCAAUUUCGGGAACUCCGGCGGGCAGCAACAGCAGCGCCUGGUACUGCCUUGGCAUCCUUUGCUGA